CUCUUCUUACAACAACCAGUCCCAUUUGUCAUCGCCUUUGGUGAUAUUACCAUGGUACCUCUCGAUCUUGCAGAGAGCCCUUUGUUGGCGUCCAUUCUCUUCAUUGUGACUUCAGUCACUCUGCCCCUCCUCAUCCUCAUUGUCUUCCGCCGCCAAUCUGCAUCAAACUCGUUGCCGCUUCCCGACCCUGACGAGAUUAUCAGCCUUCGUGUGUAUCCGGUUAAGUCAUGCCGCGGCUUCGAAGUCAAGUCCGCCAAGCUCUUGCGCACCGGCCUGGACCUGGACCGCAACUGGAUGUUCAUGUCAGCUGUGAACCGUGAAUUCAUCACCAUCCGACAGAACUCGGACAUGACCCUCAUCCGCACAGCUUGGAACUCCGAUACAGACGUGCUUACUAUUACUCUUCAUGAUUACAAGAUUGAGAUACCGGCUCAUCCGAGCACUGAAUGGUUGGAAAGCAACGCUGAGCUGAGUAAGGCCGAGAUUUGGGGCGAGAAGACAGACGCUUGGGAAUAUCCCGCGAGUCUAACUCAGCCGAUAUCAGAAUUCCUCAAGAUGGAUGUUCGUCUAGUGUACAAGGGACCGACGCCUCGUGUGCUACGCGGUUGUGGAGCACCUCAUCGUUUGGGACGCACUGAGGCCACCAAAUUUGCUGACAUGAUGCCCGUGCUGGUUGGAUCCAUGGCGAGCAUCACUGAGCUCAACGAGCGACUGACACAAGCGGGUGAGGACAAGAUUGACAUUGAACGGUUCCGCCCCAACAUCAUCAUCCGCGGCAGUAUCCCAUGGAAUGAGGACGGCUGGAAAUCACUGCGGAUCAACGAAGACAAACAACCUCUUGAUAUGGACGUCGUAUGUCGCUGCCUGCGAUGCCACGUACCCAAUGUCGACCCAGACACGGCCGUGAAGCACCCACGACAGCCCUGGAAUCAGCUGAUGAAGUACCGAAGAAUCGACUCGGGACUCAAGUUCAAGCCGAGCUUUGGCAUGCUCUGCGCACCGAGGACCGAGGGGACGAUCGAGGUUGGGAUGAAGUUUCGGGCUACGGCCAUGACCAACGACCACUUCUUUCUCAGUCCUAUGAAAUGA